AUGGUGCCAGUGCCCAUUGCCAAAAGCCCCCAAAUGCAACCAACGGCUUUUUCUUCGAACAAGUCCAACCCAGAAUGUUCCAACAGUGGAGGCGAGCGCAUCGGCAUCCCGGGAGGAGAGGCCGUUUACCCUGGCAAGCGAACCUGGUCGCCUCCAAGUAGCCGAUGUUUCGUCUGUGGCGUUUCCGCCUCCUGA